AUGGCGACCAUCGCGACCGCUCGCACGAUCGUCGUCCGCGCGCGCGCGCCCGGCGCGUCGAUCGCGUCCAGCGACCGCGGCGUCGCGACGCCGGCGCGCGGCGUCGUCCGCCCGAACAUCGUCGACGCGGCGACGCGUCAGCAUCAUCAGCAGUCUCGGAGCGGAGGGGGAUCGCGGAGGCGCGCGCGCGCGGUCGUCGUCGCCUCCUCCUCCUCCUCCUCCUCCUCCUCCUCGGAAGACGACGCGCCCACCCGACGAGAGGCUGUCGCCGCCGCGCUCGCGGCGAUCGCGCUCGCGACCGGCGGCGGCGCCGUCGCCCCGUCGGUCGCGCGCGCGGACUCGUUCGCGGCGGACAUCGAGGCCGACCUUCCGCCGCCGCCCCCACCGCGCGUCCUCGUCGUCGGCGCGACCGGACAGACGGGCUCGCUCGUGGUGCGCGAGCUCAAGAAGCGCGGCGACGAUAUCGCCGUCGUCGCCGCGGUUCGCAGCGAAGAGAAGGCGGCGAAGAUGGGCGUCGACGGCGGAAACGUCUCGCUCCUCGGCGGGUUCGACGUCACCGCCGACGCGUCGACGCUCGCGGCGGCGAUGACCGGGAUCGAUAAGGUCAUCGUCUGCACCGGGUUCGUCCCGGGGAAUCCGUUCAAGAUGUCCGCGGCGGCGCAUUCGGUGGACAACGAGGGCGUGAUCCACCUCGUGGACGCCGCGAAGGCGGCGGGGGUGAAGCGGCUGGUGCUCGUGUCCUCCAUCCUGACGGAUGGGCGUGCGAUGGGCGCGGAGGGGUCCCCGGGGUUUAAGAUCACGAACGCGUUCGGCGGCGUCCUCGACGAGAAGCUCGUGGGGGAGAAGUACUUGCAGGGCAGCGGGCUGGAGUACGUCAUCGUGAGGCCCGCGGGGCUGCGCGCGGAUCCGCCGAAGACGCCGCUGGUGGUGACUCCGGGGAACGUCAUGGCGAGCGGGGAGAUCUCUCGAGAGCUCGUCGCCGCGUUCAUGUCCGCGGCGGCGUUCUCGUCGAGCGCGAAGAAUAAGAUUUACGAGAUCGCGGAGGAGGGGACGUUCGCUCCGGGGUACAGCCCGGACGGGGUGGAGAAGUUCAUCGUCGGGGACGACCGCUCGAAGUGGUUCAAGCAGUAG